CACACUGGUGCAUCGGAGUUCAAGCGCGAGCACGAAAGCACACGCAGUCGCUAACACUUGCUCUCCACUGAUAUCGAUCGAUGGCCAUGGUAGCGAGAGCCGCGCUGCUCCUGGCCAUGGUGGUCGUGGCAAGCGCCACCUACUGCCCCCCGCCGCCGGCGCCGGUGCCGGUGCCCCGCUACGGGUCGUGCCCCCAGAACGCGCUCAAGCUGCACGUCUGUGCCAACGUGCUGAACCUGGUGAAGGCCAAGAUCGGCGUGCCGCCAGCGGAGCCCUGCUGCUCGCUCCUCGACGGGCUUGUCAACCUGGACGCCGCCGUCUGCCUUUGCACCGCCAUCAAGGCCAACGUGCUGGGAAUCCACCUCAACGUCCCCAUCGACCUUAGCCUCAUCCUGAACAACUGCGGCAAGAUCUGCCCGGCCGACUUCCAGUGCAUCCACUAGGAAAGCUAGAAGUGCACAGUACUAUCCAUCGAGUGGGGUGUGUGGUUUGCUUUGGUUUCAAGCUUUUUGCUUUAUUUAUUUCUUAAAUCUAUGCUGGCAAUCUGGCCUAGUAUGUAUGUUCUCGCUUUCACACGAGAGGUAGCAUUAUGAUCCUUUGGAAUUUAAUUGAAGUAGUGAUUUCAUGA